AUGUAUAUUAAAAUAAAUAAAUCUAUCUAUCUAUCUAUCUUAUUCUGUUUAUAUCUAUCAAAUUCUGUUCCUAUCUAUCUAUCUAUCUUUCUAUGGCCAUAUUAUAUUAAAAUCUAUCUAUCUAUCUAUCUAUCUAUCUAUCUAUCUAUCUAUCUAUCUAUCUAUCUCAUUCUGUUUAUUUCUCUCAAAUUCUGUUCCUAUCUAUCUAUCUAUCUAUCUAUCUAUCUAUCUAUCUAUCUAUCUCAUUCUGUUUAUCUCUAUCAAAUUCUGUUCCGAUCUAUCUAUCUAUCUAUCUAUGGACAUAUUAUAUUAAAAUCUAUCUAUCUAUCUAUCUAUCUAUCUAUCUAUCUAUCUAUCUAUCUAUCCAGAUCUAUAAAUAUGUUCAUCUAUGUAAGUAUCUAUGUUCAUAGUCGCAAUUUAUCUUUUGAAUUCUCUCUCUGUAAUUUCAUUCGUCCUUUCUUCAUUCAUUUCGUUGACGUUACCUCCUCUUUCCUUGAUUUUUCUUCUCCUGUUUUUCAUCUUUUCUUUCUUUCUUUCUUUUUCUCUUUCGAUUCCAUUUUAAUUCUCUUUCUCUCUUUUAAUACUAUCUCGUUCAAUUUCAUGUUAAUGCCUUUAAUUUAUUUCUUAAUUUUUCUUUCUUUCUUUCUUUCUUUCUUUCUUUCUUUCUUUCUUUCUAUUCCAUUUGAAUUAUCUUUCACUCUUUCAUUCCUCACAAUUAAUAGUUCAAAGCCAUUAUUUCUUCACUGUAUUUUUUUUGCAAGAACGUUUCUGAUUUUCACUCAAUUCUCUUUUUUUCUUUAG